GCCUCUUGACUCUCUGCGAACCUUCUCUGCCUUACCAGACCCCAAAAAAGAAAUUUCAUAGGGGGUGUCAGCCCGAGGAAUAGCUUCGGUGAAUCCUUAUUAACGCUGCCUGGUCGUCGCUACCCCCUGUUCUGCUGCUACCCGUUGAGAAUCAUGGUCCUCUGGCCGUUGUCCAGGUAGAGCUGCCACUUCCUACCCGCCCUCCGACAAGGGCUAGUUAGAAAAUAAUGCCUGGGGUACCGUCAAAUAAAGCCUGUCAGCGAUGUAAGAAGAGACAUCUGAAGUGUGAUGAGGCGCGUCCCAGCUGCCAACGCUGUAUCACUGCAGGCGUUGAAUGCCCGGGAUAUGUGCAGACGCGGAAGUUUAUAGACCAGGGAGCUACUGUGAGGCGUCGAUACGCUCCCUAUUCAGAGCCCCAGUCUAAAUCGAACACUCCGGCACCCGAUUCAGACAAGACAACUCAAAAUGGUGUCUCAGGCCCGGCACCCCAAGUUUCGGCCCGACCAGAGCUGAAACUGGAUUUUCGUACAGAUCAGGUUGUUGGGAAUAAUUUCGUAGCAAGAAAUUCCCAGGAGAGAGAAGAAGUAACUGUUCAAUGGCCGGCACAGCCACAGGUUAGCGUUAGCAAUAGCCUUCCAACAUCUUUGCCGGUUGCAGCUGGUCUUGGAGGUGCCAUCGAGCCUAUACAACAGACUCUGAGGAACAAUGCCCAAGAAACUCAAGACCUGUACAGUGCCAGCCGCAUUAUACCUUACGACGAAGAUCGCAGUGAAAUUCCCCGAAGUAGUGCCCAGAGCACAGCAACUCAGAGUGAUCCCGCUGAUGUCUACAAUGAUCUUUACAGCAAGCAAACAACAUCUGCUCCAAAACCUCCUUAUCAAAGGUUGACAUCACCCGAGGAUCUGUCGCAGAGAUCUGAAAAGGAAGAGAUCCUGGAUAUCUUUUCAGAGCUGAUGACAGGCUCUGAGCAUGAAAUUUCCUUCUUUCUCAGGCAUUUUUCAGAGGUCUUGGGACCCUGGCUGGAUUUAUCUGAUCCCGGAAAAUUCUUUUCCGUAUAUGUUCCCAUCCGCGCAAUCGACAGUCUUUUCCUGAAAUACGCGGUGGCGGCCCUUUCGGCAAAGCAUCUAGGGAGAGUCAAGGGGGCCAAGUCUAUAACCGGCGGUGGAAUAUUCACCAAUCCGGCCACGACAGAAAUCUACCCUAACGCUUCCAGAGUCGAUUGGUUUUUGAAGGGCGCCAACUACUACUACCUCGCCGUUUCAAAUAUGCAGACCGUUGGCACGGAGACAUAUGGAUCACUGCAUACUUCUGCCGUCUUGGGCUCUCCCUUCGGAAUAGUUGACCAAUUGCUGAAGCUAUUGCCACAGUCUGGGUUUGACGAAUUGGCUACUGCGGGAUUCACGCGUAAAAUAGAGGAUUUAAUGGCUGCAACAGCUAUUCUCUAUAUGUAUAAAAUAUUGGAUGCGAAUGAGGUAGAUUCGCACUCGCAUCUUUCUGGUAUCGGGUCUGUUUUUGAUACCCUAAUACGGCUGAAGACGGCAGGUCCCCUCCAACCGCCACCGUAUUUGCACGGUACUAGAGCUGCAUUCUGGGAUUUCGCUCGUCUCGACUAUUUGACAUCUUACAUGAACCGGUCGGCCACGCACUUGGACCCGGAGAAUUUGCCGUUGUGGCAAGCUGCGGGACUGCCGAUCGACGAACAAGGCAACAUUCAUCACUAUGACGAAGCUGUCCAAACGGGAGUUGGGUUUACUAGGGAAGACUUCGCGGCUAAUACACUUACCUGGCUAGCGACAAAGGUCAUAAAUUUCCUAGCACAGUAUAGAGAGUUGCAGAUGGCGCAAUGGUCAUCUCCUACCCCUAGCUCACCGUUGGCCCCCGGACAACCAGUGGCUUCUACUACGUCUACCUGGCUGAAACUCUGUUUUGAAUUUCAAUCCUGGUUUGAGGAGCUUCCGGAGACCUUCCGUCCAUGCGUCCGGAUUGAGCGUCCCAGGGAUCUAUCUGUGGUGCCCCAAGUCAGCCAUCUGCCAUUUCCUGAAAUUGUUUACACCAAAGCGUCCUGUGCUGCUACUAUGCAACAAUACCAUUUUGCCCGCAUUGCACUUUUACUUAACCGGCCUCCUGACAUAGUGAAUGCCCACAGCUCUGCGUUUGAUCGUCUGCAGGGAUAUCGGGAAGUGUCCAAGGAGGUUGAGUAUCGCACCCGGGAGAUCUGCGGUAUUGCACUGGGACGGCCACAAGGUGCAGUGCGCAUUUACAUGGUACCCUUGCUGUUCGCUGUUGGGCAAUGUCUCGAAAAACCUGAAGAGCGUCAGGUUGUAGCGAAUAUUCUGCGCGGGAUAGAGGCUGACUUAGGGUGGGCCACAGACUACGCUAUUGAGAAGCUGCAAGGUUGUUGGAACCAAUAA